AUGACCGCUCAGUCCAACGAUGGCGUUGACGCGGUCUUUGAGAACGUCGUCAAAUGGGCAGGGAAGAACCGCCCGCAAUGGAUCGAGGAGGGCGUUUUGUGUCGCGUGGGAGCCAGUACCGUCGAUGAAUCGCUCUUCAAGGAACUCAACCGUCACUGGGACGAGGCCGACGACGACGAUGAAGACAACUUCGAUGGAUUGAUCAGUUCCAUCUCAACAUCCAACAUCCCCGACUGCUCCGCGUACAAGAUGGCCAAGUACGCUCGCUCUAACCCGACUGAGGAGUCAUGCCCCGCCUACAUCAAGUACGCCGAUGCGAGGGUCAAGAAGAAGCGUAGAUUCCAGACCGGUCAGCCGAAGGUCUCUGGCGCUACAACGUCUCGCGGCUCAGCCAUCCGGGAGCUCAUGAAGGCAUGA